CCGUAACAAGUCGUUCUCGCCAUGCGGAUCCACUGCAAAGUAGUUGUGAUCGGCGUGUGUUUUGGAGUUUUCUUACUUUUCUACUUUUGGGGUGGCAAUGUCCCGGACGCUCCGCUGCUGAAAGAAGUUUCGCUGGAGGAGGACAGGAAUUUUUCUUCGUCGUCGGUCACACUCGAUCGCGAUGUUGCGCCAAAGUUGGCUAGAAAAUCAACCACGGUAGUCGGGGUGCUAAUGAAAGAUGUCCCCAAAGGGCGAAAAAACUGGAAAGUGACCAAGCAAAGGAGUAACGCCAAUGCAAAGAGUAAAGGAGGACGGCCUGUGGCCAGGCGCACCCGUGUAGAGGAAAUCAUGCACUUGGCUAUGGUGGCAUGUGGACAUCGUCUGGAGGAAACCUUAACUCUUGUCAAAUCAGCUGUCCUGUUCAGCCUGAAAAAGAUCAAGUUUCACAUUUUUGCUGAGGACGUCUUGAUCCCUCAAUUUAAAGAAAAGCUGAAUCAGUGGCCUCGGUUUGUCACAGCCAAGUUCAAGUAUACCCUCUACCGAAUCACCUUCUCAGUGGGGAACGCAGAUGAAUGGAAGAAGCUCUUCAAGCCCUGCGCUGCUCAGAGACUCUUUCUUCCUGUCAUCCUCAAGGACAUAGACUCAUUGCUGUACGUGGACACUGAUGUGCUGUUCCUUCGACCCAUGGAUGAUAUCUGGAAAAUGCUGAAGUCUUUCAAUAGUACCCAGCUUGCAGCAAUGGCUCCUGAGCACGAGGUCCCGAAGAUUGGCUGGUAUAGCCGCUUUGCACGCCAUCCUUUUUAUGGCAUCUCAGGGGUCAACUCUGGUGUCAUGCUGAUGAAUCUCACAAGGAUCCGCAGCACAUUGUUCAAGAACAGCAUGAUUGCCGGCGGCCUGUCCUGGGAGGACCUUUUGCACCCACUUUAUCAGAAGUACAAGAACCACAUCACAUGGGGAGAUCAGGACCUCCUCAACAUUAUCUUUCACUACAACCCAGAGUGUCUGUUCAUCUUCCCUUGCCAGUGGAACUACAGGCCUGAUCACUGUAUGUAUGGGAGUAACUGUAAAGGAGCUGAAGAGGAAGGCGUGUCCAUCCUCCAUGGCAACCGUGGAGUGUAUCAUGAUGAGAAGCAGCCGGCCUUCAAAGUAGUUUAUGAUGGAAUACGUGAUUUCCCUUUUGACGACAACAUGUUCCAGUCACUAUUCUAUCCCAUCCAGGCCAAAUUCCUGGACACAGUAAACACCUUGUGUGGCCGGAUCCCUCAAGUCUUCCUUAAGCAGAUAGAAAAGACCAUGAGGAAGGUGUUUGAGGAAAACGUUAUUCGACAUAUCAACUGA